UAUCUCUUUAACACCAUUUAUCCCCUUGGUAAUUAAGACACCCUCAAAAUGGAUCCUCGAUUCCGUAUACUUCCUCGCCCUAAGGGUUUUAGCUCCUCUAUAUCGUUGUUGAUUAGAGCAGAGAAAACACCAGAUACAUGUCAGAAUAUUCAGCCUGGUGUAGAACCCAUUAACAUUUUCCAAUUCGUCAAAUUCAAAGAGCAACGAAUCGUGAAUUUCAACGACUAUCUACACGACUUUCCCAAUGUGCAUGUUCUUGAUUUAUUUCAACAAAUUUGCAUCACAGCAGAUGUCAAGCAUUGUCAGAAUGAAAAAUGCCAAGCAAUUCGACGAGAAAUGAUAAAUGCUCCUGCAUGUGAAUGGAAGUGCUUCAGGGACUGGGCCCUUGUGACAAUGUCUUGUCAGAUGAAUUCCAAAACUCAAGGGUUGGAUCUUGAGAGUUGGAAAUGGGCUGAGAUAGCCCACAACCUGUCUAUUGUGGCUACAUUCACUCGACGCGACAAGAUGCUUGCUGCGAAUGUGGAUUUGUUUCAAGUUCACGAACUGAUAAAUUGGAUGGUGACAAUCAAUAGCCAUCUUCACCCUUCUUUCGAACCUCACUCUCCUUUGCGAACACAUAUAACAAAGCAAAAAAUCGUCGAAGCAACGCAGACUGCACAAAAAGUGGGAAUUUGCCAGAAUCGCCUCUGGAAUUUGACAGUAGGGGGGGGUGAGAGAGAAGAAGUGGAUUUACCCAUUCUGAUGGCGGUGGUGGAAAAGCACUCUACUCAGUUCAUGAAGCACAGAGGAUAUGAAGAUCACGGUAUUUGCACUGCUGGAGUUUGUUGUUUCAACAACAUUGACAACACCCGUGUCAAACAGCUUCACAAAUGCUCUACGAAAGACUGUGAGGAAUUAUUACACUUCCCGCUCUCAGAACUCGAGAGACCAUACGAACGUUUUACAUGGUGGAUUGACGAUAUUGAGAAUACUAAGAAUAUCCCAUACAUUGCCACAGAGAAAAGUCAGGGACAAUAUAUGGCAAUCUCCCAUGUGUGGUCGGAUGGCACAGGUGGAGGGAUUCAAGGGGAAGGCCUUGUCAACCGAUGCCUAUUCAAGUAUUUCCAAGGAAUUGCUAAAGAGUUGAGAUGUACGGCAAUUUGGUGGGAUACAAUUUGCAUUCCAGUUGAACGAGCAACUCGGCAAAAUGCUAUUAGUCGGAUGCAUGAGAACUUCGAAGAAGCUGCCCACACCAUCAUACACGACCAAUAUCUCGUACAGUUUCCCUGGACAGAUGACAGUAGACCGUGCCUAGCUCUGUUACUCUCUCCCUGGUUCACACGUGCCUGGACAGCUCUCGAGCUAAUGAUGUCCAGAAAAGGAAAAGUCUCGGUGGUUUAUAGACAUCCCAAUGAUCCCGGCCGGUACAUAAUUAAAAACCUCGACAAGGAUAUCCUCGCUCUUCACCCCGCUUAUUCUUCUCGCAGCCAUUGGAUAGCAUCCACUCUAGUCAGCCAGCUACGUGGACAGCGAAUUGACUGCAUUGGAGACAUUCUUAAAAUCCUUAAAACAAGAAGUACGUCGUGGCCACGGGAUCUUAUGGUGGUUGCCGGCCUCCUUGCCGGCCACAAUCCAAAAGUUAACACACCUGGAUUCAUUGCCCAAAUCACACGCGACAUCGUACUAGGGCUUGUCGAAAUCGAAGAAUCCUUUCUUUAUCAUGGCCACACAACCAUGACAGAGAAGAUGGGAUUCUCCUGGUGUCCUUUUAGCUUGUUAGAUGGGGAUAUCUUAACCAAUACAGACCGGCCAGAAAGAGUGUAUGUUGAUGAAGAUGGAGCGGUAUCUGGAAAUUGGGAUUAUCGUAUAUUGGAUAAAGAAGAUGCAGUGAAUGUGCGACCCUAUAGCUUCCACAUAUCGGUUGACUGGAAAAUCCGCGUCGCGUUGGAACAGUGGGAGAGCUGUCUAUUGUUGCGAAAUACUCAUAACCGCAAGGGGUUGGCCCUUUUAGUUGUACCCCUGGACGUCGCAAAAUGCGAAAUCGGCGGCAUUGAAUAUGUCGUUUUAGAUUGCCAGUAUAUAGGGACUGUGUAUACAACAAACCUCCGCUGGGGCGAUUCCUACUCGGCCUCAGUCAGGCUGGGAAAGCUUUCCAAGCAUCCGACUCUGAGUGCAGAAGAAAUUACCAAUAGGUACUACGAUACUAAAGGCUGUCGCAUUUACGGUCGCCCUUGGGAAGAUCAACUGCACUCCAUUAAACAAGCGCGCAAACAAUAUUCAGACAGAGUCGCGACAAGUAACCAUCAUAGUUUCUAA